CUUCACUACUACAACUACAAUAUCAUCUCAAUCUCUCCUCUACCGCUCUCGCCAACACCAAGAAUGACUCAUCCUCACUAGACUGCACGCUGAAGGUGAUACCCUCGUAAUCAAUCUGCUCAGACGAUGGAAGAUGGUGGCACAUCAAACGCCCAUCAUUGAUGAUAUGAGAUGCUGCAGGUCCCCCGCUUCUUGAGGCCCAGAGCCUUGCAUGUCAAUGGAUGCACGGCAUUUCCGCCAUGUAGACGUGCUUCUUCUCGAGGUGGCAGCAGUCCACCGCCAUGGCGGCCAGCUUCUACGUUGGACGACUGGGUUGACCGCCCAAUUCGGCCCAUCAGUCUGCGCCAGCUCUUCUUCUUCGGUCGCACCUUGACUGAGAGUCGACUGCUCAGCUCGGCAAAUUAUGUCCGCAUGGAACUGCCCACCAGAAUUGCCCAUCGCCUACGAGAAAUGCAACGCCUGCCCUACGUUGUUGUCACGAACCCCCAUCUCUCCUUGGUCUACGAGCUGUACUACAAGUCAUUUGAGAAUUUUCGCCGCAUGCCAGUGAUCAGAACCGUCGAAGAGAAUGAGAAUUUUUGCAAGGUCAUCGGCGAAAGCCUCAGAGAGCACAUGGCAGUGAUUCCCAACUUGGUCAUGGGGGUGCUUGAAUGUCAAGAGCUUGUUUCUGCGGACACCAUGGACAAGUUCGUGCAGGCGAUGUUACGAGCUCGCAUUUCCCGGCGCGUUAUUGCCGAACAGCAUCUCGCCCUUACCGAGACAUUCAACUCUCCUUGGCAUGUCCCUCAACCCAGCUCUGAGAAUGAGUUUGUGGGGGAAGUUUUGUUGAGGUGCAAUGCAAAGGAAAUCAUUGAAAGAGUUGGCAAGUUUACGCAGGAUAUUUGCAAGUCAUCUGCAGGUGCUGAUCCCAUGGUGCCGGAGAUCAAAAUUCAGGGGCACAUCAAUGCAACUUUCCCCUACGUUUUGAGUCAUCUGGAAUAUAUCAUCGGAGAGCUGCUACGGAAUUCAGUACAGGCAGUCAUGGAAAGGUAUAAGGAUCCAAGCCAGCCACCUCCGCCGAUCGAGGUCUUGAUAUGCGAGACACCUCAACAUGUUGUGAUACGCAUUUCUGAUCAAGGUGGAGGUAUCCCAAGGGAUAUAAUGCCCUUCCUCUGGUCUUUUAACAAAGGACCAAGGAGCGCUUCACGGCUUGAGAACUUCCGAGAUGUUCCAACCUUAGCUGCUACCAUGCAGGAAGUGCGACAACUGGAAGCGGCGGAAGAGAAGCCAAGCGGAAAGAUUAGGGACUCUUCUCUCAGCACACUCGCUUCGAGAGCACCCGACCUCAGGUUGGGAAUGGGGUUGCCCAUGAGUCGAGUAUAUGCUGAAUAUUGGGCGGGUGGCCUUGAACUCCAUAGCCUGGAGGGCUACGGUGUCGACGCUUUCCUACAGAUAUCGAAGCUUGGCAAUCAGAACGAGCAACUCACAUCACGGGCUAGUAUAGAUGCUGUUUGAGCGACGUGGAAUCUUGACCUAGGUAGCAUUGGCUGUUCUGUGGAAUGGAUUGCCGGCGAAGAAGACGAAUGGCAUUUCUUUUAUCUGUGAUUGCUGCAGAACUGCAUAAUGCCGGUCAGCAAUUGCAACCAACAGCGCGGAAGAAGCGAUGAAUACUGUGUGCACGAGUUUAUUCAGAAUUGCCUCGAACGUCAUGCUCGGCCAGCAAAAAUGUCGACGGCAGUCUACACAGUAGAGCGGCUGAGCUAUCAGCUUACCAGAGUUGAUGAUUUCUUCAUGAUAGGCCGAAAGAGGGG